GUGGUGAUGAUGGAUGAUGGUGGUGGUGGUGGUGAUGAGGCCUCGAUCCCCCCUAUCUGAGACAUCUACUGCAGCCCUCAUCCUCCACAUACAACACCCGUUCUGCCUGUCACGUUCUGUUAAAAGGUCCCCAAAGCACACACGUCCCUGGGUCGCUCGUCUUUUCAGCUCGCUGCAGCUGAUAGACUCGAGCUGCAACAAACACUCAAACUGGACAGUUGUAUCUCCAUCUCUUCAUUCAAAGACUCAAUCAUGGACUCUUACUGACAGUUGUGGCUGCUUUGCGUGAUGUAUUGUUGUCUCUACCUUCUUGCCCUUUGUGCUGUUGUCUCUGCCCAAUAAUGGUUGUACCAUGUUUUGUGAUGCUGCCAUGCUGUGUUGUCAUGUUGUUGCUACCAUGCUAUGUUGUCAUGUUGUGUCGCUGCCACGCUGUGUUGUCAUGUUGUGUUGCUACCAUGCUAUGUUGUCAUGUUGUGUUGCUACCCUGCUGUGUUGUCAUGUUGUGUUGCUUCCAUGCUGUGUUGUCAUGUGUUGCUGCCAUGUUGUGUUGCUGCCAUGUUGUGUUGCUUCCAUGCUGUGUUGUCAUGUGUUGCUGCCAUGUUGUGUUGCUUCCAUGCUGUGUUGUCAUGUGUUGCUGCCAUGCUGUGUUGCUACCAUGCUGUGUUGUCAUGUUGUGUUGCUACCAUGCUGUGUUGUCAUGUUGUGUUGUCAUGUUGUGUUGCUACCAUGCUGUGUUGUCAUGUUGUGUUGCUACCAUGCUGUGUUGUCAUGUUGUUGCCAUGCUGUGUUGUCAUGUGUUGCUGCCAUGCUGUGUUGUCAUGUGUUGCUGCCAUGCUGUGUUGUCAUGUGUUGCUGCCAUGCUGUGUUGUCAUGUGUUGCUGCCAUGCUGUGUUGUCAUGUGUUGCUGCCAUGCUGUGUUGUCUUAGAUCUCUUCAUGUAGUGUUGUGUCUCUCUUGUCGUGAUGUGUUUUGUCAUAUAUUAAAAAGCAAAACAUGUCAUUACAAAUGAAACAUUUUAAUCCCAGCCCCCAUCCCCGCAGGAGGCCUUUUGGUAGGCCUUCAUUGUAAAUAAGAAUCUGUUCUUAAACCUAGUUAAAGGUUAAAUAAAAAACGAUGUAUGUUUUCACCUGGUGAUCUUCUUUGUGCACAUCUUAAUAAUGUCCAAGACUUGCAUUUCCCUUCAGGGGAAAUAAUGUCCACUUUUGCCGCGCCCACUAGUGAUGUAUUUCACCAAAUGAUUGUCUGUGUAGUAAUAAACUAUCAGUGACAGAUCAGAUUAUGUGCAGCGCACAGGCGGAUCCUGUUGCCCAAGCAGACUAGACUACUCGGUAACCAAAGCCUCGCAGUGCGCACGCACUGUAAGAACCCGACACUCCGAAUCUGAUUUUUUUAGUCCUCGUGUCCUCGGUGAACAGGGACCGAUACCGGGUGUGUGGGAAUGCUGCAUGCGCCUUGUUUCUGUUAUUCCGUCUCUAAGGAGACGGGGCAGGGAGAGGGAGGACUUGUGGGGAAGGACAGUAGGUUAAUAAAUUGCACUUUAUAGGCACACUUGUGCUGGUCUAUGGAAACAUUUAUGAAAUUACAUUGCAUAGGACCUCCUUGACCGGACAGUUUUAAAACGCAGGUAAUUUGUCACCGCUGUAUCAUUGUAUUAUCACAUUUUUAACUGGACUGUUGACUGAAGAAGAUUUUACCCGCACUUUGUUAAAAGACUGAAUUUGAACCACACAAACAAUCGCAUAUUAAAGGCUACCCAAAAGUAGGCUAUCGAUUUAAAUGAAACCGAGCGUAGUCGGGUAGUAUCCUCAACUGGCCCAAACCACCCAUUAAAUGACAUCCGUGGAUCUGACCGUUCGGCCCAGUCCUGGUCCUAACCCAGGUCCUCACAGCGUGACACAGUGGCAACUGAGCGGGACAGACUACCAACCCCAGUCGGCCCUGAGGCAUCGCAGCUCGGUCACAGGGACAGCCGACACCCGCUUCAGUGCCUGGACACCCAUCCUAAACAAGACCUCCAACCACCAGUUGUUUGAGGAGCGGACGACCCUGGUGCUUCACUGGUUUGACCUUUGGACUGACCGCCAGAGAAAGGUCUUCCUCCAGGCGCUGCUGUCACAAUGCUCCAACUCCCAGCUCAAGUCCUGCAGGGAUUGGCUGAUGCAGAUCGUGCCGGUGACUCGCGUGGACUUCACCUCUGUGUUGCCACGGUUCCUGUCUCUCUAUGUGAUGUCAUUCCUGACCCCUCGUGACCUCUGCUCUGCCGCACAGGUCUGCUGGCAUUGGAGGGUCCUGGCUGAACAGGACUGUCUUUGGUCGGUGAGGUGUGUGCGCCGGGGCUGGUUCCUGCCCUAUAAUCCAGGGGACAGAGAGUAUGGUGGGUGGAAGAGCCACUAUGUGUCCUGUGUGUCCACUCUGGACUGGCUGACACCCAGAGAGGCAGCACAAACGUACGGCACUCUCAACAUGCCCUGCUCAGGAGAGAGGGAGGAGGAGGAGGAGAGACGCAGGGAGAGGAGGAUCAGACAAACCAUCAGGGAGAGAGUGGAGGAGCAGAAGAGAGCUUCGUUGAAGUCCAGACCAGCCUGGAGGAGCAACAGCAACAGACCAGGGGGAAUAGUGGUCAGCCGUCCCCAGGGAGAGAGACUGGUGCCUGGGAGAACGAGGAGCGUUCAGGACUCUUCCUCCUGGUUGUCAGACAGAACGGGACGUCUCUGUUUAACCCCUGACGUCAGCCUUAACUUGACCCCCACUCUGACCCUGGAGAAAACCCAGCUCUCCAGCCAUGUGAGGUCCCAGGCCAUGAGGGACAGUAUGAACAGAGGAGGUUGGUCCCCUUCCACCAGUAGCAGACCCAGAGCCUCUCCCUCUCUCUCUUCAUCACCACCUCUUCUACUACUGCUGUCCAACAGGAUACCUGCCUACGAGUUGGUCCUGUGUGGUGUGAGAGUAGGAGUGGUGGUGGUUCUAUACGACCACAGAGGGUCCCUCCAGGCUCUGUUAUCCCAGGCAGAGAGGGCUCUGGGUGGGCAGCGAGCUCAGAGACUUGGGGUGCUGGCUCCUGGAGGUACGGAGGAGAUCACUCUGCUUCAAGGCUGCAAGGUGACAGAGAGGAGUGUGCUGACCCCUGACUACAGGGAAUUCUGGGAACAGCUGUGUGGCUGGGUCGUUCCACCUGAGGAGGGAGGAGGGGUGGACAUCUUCUGUCCCCUUGCAGCAUCUGCCAGAGGAGUGCUGCUGGUCCAGUCUCUGUCUACUCUGACAGAGCUAGAGGUCUCAGCUCCUACUGGGAUGGCCACCGGAUGCUUCCAGAACAUCCUGAGUGAGUGGUCGUGUAGCAGUGGUGACAGGGCCGGGACCGGGGUUAGCGGUGUGUGUGCGUCCCCCGCCCAGCGCUACGUGUGUGAGGGUGUGUUACAGGGAUGGAGCUGGCAGACCCAGUGGCUGGAGGAGGCUCUAGGAGCCAUGAGGGACCAUCUGGGGCCACAACUACCACGACUGAGUCUGGACACCAGGGGACGAGUACUGGGUCAGUUUCUAUGGGAGGCGGUAGCUCUAGAUCAUCUGAGUGUCUCUAAGGAGGUGACUGUAGCUCUGACUGAGGGUCUCACAGCACUGGCAACAGAGGAGACCAGACCACUGGAGUUCCUUUCUCUCUUCCUGAGACGAUGGGGGGAGAAAAGGAAAGAUGGAGGAGAGAAGAGAGGAGUGGAGGAAGGAGAGGAGAGAAGAGGAGAGAAGACAGAAGGAGGAGAGAGGAGCUCUGUGUUUCAGACAGAGAGGGGUCCACACAGACUCCUCAGUCCUGUCCCAGAGAUACAACAGGAGUGGCGUGGUGUAGUGGUGAGGGAGCUGUAUAUCAGUGAGUGUGUUUAUGUGAGGAGGCUGGAGUCAGUGAUGAGAGUGUACCACGAUCCCCUGCUGGCAGCUCUUCAGUCUAACAGAGCCAUCCUCAGCUCUGCUCACAUCAACAUGGUCCUCACACCAGUAACACACAUACUGGACGUCAACAGGUUGUUUCUAUCAGAGCUGGGGUCUAGACUGCAGCAGUGGGAGGCUGAUCAGUGUGUAGCUGAUGUGUGUGUGAAAUUCUGCUCCAAACUCAGAGCGUACAGCAACUACCUCAAUAACUACCCUACUGCUCUACUCACCAUAGACAAGGAAAGUACACUCUCUCUCUCUUGCAGAGAGAUGAACCCUGCUUUCCGAGCUUUCCUAAAGAGACAAGACAGAACCCUGGAGACACACAUGCUGAGUCUGCAGGAACUGUUGCUGUGUCCAGUGUGGCGUAUGGAGGAGUAUGUAACUCUGCUGCAGGCGCUGUCUCUACACACAGUCUCUCAACACUCCGAUCACACACAGCUGCCCGGCGUAUUGGACACACUCACCCACUACAGGGACUUCAUACGCAAGCUGAAGAGGAACUCAGAGAAAGCUACGAGGAUGCAGGAGACCCAGCAAAAGAUCCGGGGCUGUCCAAACUUGUGUGAGGGGGGCAGACAGCUAAUCACCACUCAGGAUGCGGCGCUGCUUAAAUGCCCCAGUGAUGACAUCACAGCCUCACUCAGGAUGUAUGAACACGUUUCUGACGUGGGACUGUUCUUGUUCAACGACGCAAUGGUUCUGACCGAGAGGAGUGUGUGUCACCGACCCUUCACACACACACACUGCGACACACACACCUUCCUGGCCUCUGUCGCCUUGCACAGCCUCACCCUCAGAGAGAUCACAGACACGCGCUAUGUGUGUCAUGGGUUUGUCCUGGAGGGUCCUAGUCGUGUGUGGGUGUGUGCUAUAGAGAGAGAGGAGGACAAGGAGAGGUUCCUCUGCACCCUGCGUUCAGCCAUACACUCUGCCAUCACAGAAAGUUAGAGAGAACCUUCACCAUAGACAAGGGAAGUUCUCUCUCUCUCUCGUUCUCUCUCUCUCUCUCUCUCUCUCUCUCUCUCUCUCUCGUUCUCUCUCUCUCUUUCUCGUUCUCUCUCUUUCUCGUUUUCUCUCUCUCUCUCGCUCUCUCUCUCUCGUUCUCUCUCUUUCUCUCUCGCUCUCUCUCUCUCGUUCUCUCUCUUUCUCUCUAUCUCUCUCUCGUUCUCUCUCUCGUUCUCUCUCGUUCUCUCUCUCUCGUUCUCUCUCUCUCGUUCUCUCUCUCGUUCUCUCUCUCGUUCUCUCUCGUUCUCUCUCGUUCUCUCUCUCGUUCUCUCUCUCGUUUUCUCUCUCUCUCUCUCGUUCUCUCUCUCUCUCUCUCUCUCUCUCUCUCGUUCUCUCUCUCUCUGUCUCUUUCUCUCACAAAGAACAGUUUAGCUAGAUCAUUCUUGAAAAAGAGGGUUUUGACCUCAUUGGGGACUUCCUGGUUUGACACAAUCCGUCAUUCUUCAAUCAACCACUAGGUGGCAGGAAAGAGGAUUUCUGCAACCAGAUAGUAUGAGUCCCAUAGAUGGCCAAGCUCCAAGGUUAAAUUUGACUGUAUCGUAUAAAAUGUAUAAAACAUGUUCUUGAUUUAAGGUUAGGCAUAAGGUUAGCAGUGUGGUUAGGGGUAAGGUUAAAAUCACAUUUUAAGAACAUAUUGUAGAACUACACAGAGUUUCUGACUAGACAGGGUUCUGAAAUAUAGGGACGACCUGAGAGU